AAAGCGAGCAAGGGUAAGAAAACAAGGUUGCUUUCCGCUUACGUCAUUCCGAGCGACGAAAGAGGCGGACGGGCGCACGUGUGACGUAAACAAGGGAAAUAUUUCCAUUGUGACUCCCCUUCCUUGUAGUCGCGGGUUCGAAUCCGGAGUGAGGGUCAACAUGGAAGAGCUGAGUCAAGCCCUCGCCUCCAGCUUUGCCGUCUCCCAAGACCUCAAUAGUACCGCAGCACCACAUCCCCGUUUGGCCCAAUACAAGUCCAAAUACAGCUCCUUGGAGCAGACAGAGAGGAGGCGAAGACUUCUGGAGCUUCAGAAGAGUAAGCGAUUAGAUUAUAUAAACCAUGCGAGGAGACUGGCCGAGGAUGACUGGACGGGAAUGGACGAAGAAGAGGAAAAGGAGAAGGCAGAGGACGAGAAGGAAGACAUGGAGGUCGAGCUCACAAAGAAGCUGCCAAAGCGAUACGCCAACCAGCUGAUGCUGUCCGAAUGGCUGAUUGACGUCCCGCAGGAUUUGGUGCAGGACUGGAUCCUGGUGGUGUGCCCCAUGGGCAAGCGGGCCCUGAUUGUGGCAUCGAAGGGUUCCACUGCCGCUUACACCAAGAGCGGAUUCUGUGUCAAUCGAUUCCCGUCUCUCUUGCCAGGAGGGAACCGCCGCAAUUCCGCCACUGGAAAAGACUAUACCAUCCUGGACUGCAUCUUCAAUGAGGCCAAGCAGACAUACUACAUCCUGGACGUCAUGUGUUGGCGAGGGCAUCCUGUGUACGACUGCCCGACUGAUUUCCGGUUCUACUGGCUCCAUUCCAAAAUGCAAGAGGAAGAGGGUCUGGCAGAGAAGAGUCGGCUCAAUCCCUUUAAAUUUGUGGGCCUGCAGAGUUAUUCCUGUGCGCCGGACAGCCUGCGCGACGUUUUGAGCACCGACUUCCCCUUCGAGGUCGACGGGCUUCUUUUCUAUCACAAGGAGAGCCACUACAACCCCGGCAGCACCCCUUUGGUGGGCUGGCUGCGUCCCUACAUGGUUUCCGACAUCCUGGGCCUGCCGGUGCCCUCGUGCCCGCUCACCGCCAAGCCCGAAUACGCCCAGCACCAACUGCAGCAGAUCAUCCAACACAAGAAGGGCCCGAAGCCGGAGGGUUCCCCCGAGGUCAACCGGGACGCCCAGAACGGGCGCUACGAACUGGAGCACCUCUCCACCCCGAAGCCCGAGAAGUCUCGUCGUGCCUCGGAGGACACCGCCAGCGAGAUGGAGAAUUUGGAAAUAUGACCUUUCUCCCGCCGCGGAGACGAUCUCCAGGUUGAACUCGGUCCACAUUGGGGGUGCUAUUUUGGGGGGCCCCAGAGCCCCUCGAUCUGAAUAGAAAUCACAAUACUUAUUUCUAAAAAAAUUUUUGGACACAUUCAUUUGAGCAGCCGGGACUUCUUCGCCACUUUCCACCCUAUUUAGAUCACGUUCACUUUCAAAAUAAAUAAGAUAUGUCAAGUAUCCGUACUCAUUGAGGAAGGGAGGUUCGGCCUUCCAUCCAUCCACCAUCUGCACACAUUGGUUGUUUCCUAAUGUAUUGGUUUCGGGCGCACCGAACACAAUAAAGGACUUUGGAGAGAUUUGGAAAGA